AUGGCGCGUCCUCCGAACCCGCGAACACUGCCGCCCGUGCUCCUGCUCCUGCUGCUGGUACCGCUGCCGCUCGGAGCCGGUGAGUACCCCCUCCCCACUGAGGGCCGGCUGGUGAACAGCUGUAUCCAGGCCAGGAGGAAGUGCCAGGUCGAUCCUAUUUGCAAUGCUGCCUACCACCACCUGAAUUCCUGCAGCUCUAGUGUAAGCACCCCAUCACCUUCACAGGAGCUUUUGGUCCCUGAGGAGUGCAGGGAGGCAGCACAGCACCUCAGGAAUAGCUCUCUGAUGAGCUGUACAUGCCACCGCCGCAUGAAGAACCAAGUUGCCUGCCUGGACAUCUAUUGGACCGUUCACCUUGCCCGCAGCCUUGGUGACUUUGAACUGGAUGUCUCCCCCUAUGAAGACACAGUGACCAGAAAACCCUGGAAAAUGAAUCUCAGCAAACUGAACAUGCUCAAACCAGACUCAGACCUCUGCCUCAAGUUCGCCAUGCUGUGCACUCUUAAUGACAAGUGUGACCGGCUGCGCAAGGCCUAUGUGGAGGCGUGCUCGGGGUCCCGCUGCCAACGCCCCACCUGCCUCCGGCAGCUCCGUGCCUUCUUUGAGAAGGCGUCGGAGCCCCACGCUCAGGGCCUGCUGUUGUGCCCGUGCGCACCCGCCGACCAGGGCUGCGGGCAACGCAGGCACAACACCAUCGCCCCCAGCUGCGCGCUGCCGUCCGAGGCCCCCAACUGCCUGGAGCUGCGGCGCGUCUGCGUCUCCGACCCGCUGUGCAGAUCUCGCCUGGUCGAUUUUCAGACCCACUGCCAUCCUCUGGACAUCCUAGGGACCUGUGCAACAGAACAUUCCAGAUGUCUGCGAGCAUACGUGGGGCUGAUUGGGACUGCCAUGACUCCCAAUUUUGUCAGCAGUGUCAACACCAGUAUUGCCUUAAGCUGCACCUGCCGAGGCAGCGGCAACCUGCAGGAUGAGUGUGAGCAGCUGGAAGAGUCCUUCUCCCACAAUCCCUGUCUCAUGGAGGCCAUUGCAGCUAAGAUGCGUUUUCACAGCCAACUCUUCUCCCAGGACUGGGCGGACUCUACCUUUUCCGUGAUGGAACACCAGAACAAAAACCCUGCUCUGAGGCCACAGCCGUGGGUGCCGUCUCUUUUCUCCUGUACGCUUUCCUUGAUUCUGCUCCUGAGCCUCUGGUAGCUGGACUUCCCUUGGGCCCCUUUCCC